CCGGAGACCGGAGGCUUGGCACUAUCGGACAUAGGAGCGCCUCGUAUGAGGACACCGCAGCAACUGGGUGUGCAGCGUCUACAUCGCAAUUCGCCAAACAGAGGAAAUAGGCGACCGAGAGGAAUUCUACCGUCACUGGGGCCUAACUUGGACGAGACUGGACCAGACGGAUUACGGCUUACGCCCCCAGGUGAACCGUCGAUACAUGCAUACGCACCGAAGCUUCCUUUGGAUCUGAGAGAGGACGAUGCACGCUUAAAUAUCAUUCCGGAUAAGAACGACGAACUGACAGAAAAGGAUUUAGAAGCUAUCCGGGAAUUAAACCGAAAGUGUCGUGAACUUUACCGAAUUCAUAUGCGAGUUGAAGAUGAACACGCAUGGUAUGGAAAGCUGAUUAGUCUGGAAGCUGUCAUCAAACCAUGUCAUAUCGCGCUGAAGGAAAAAACGAAACUGAUCGAAAAAGAGCGCAGGGAAUACGCGAUAAAAGUUGCAUCGAUGUGGCAAUACCACCCGUCGCUAAACGGUAGACCAUGGCCUUCGACUAUCGAGAAGAUUCUUAGGUACCUUAAAGUGUUCCCGGAAGUGAGACAGAUGCCGACUACCAGCGCCGAGGGACCAUCUAAAUCCAUGGUUGAAAAAGACGCCCCAGUCGACGAAAUGACAGACGAGGACCUUUUGGCAACAAAGCAGAAGAUUGAUGCCGUAUUAACACAACGAGCAGAAAGGUCACGGGCUAGCUCGGUUGCAGGAUCAGGACGUGGACGCACUAGUUCGGUCACAGAACCAUCCAGUGGCACCACGAAGAGUGGAAAAAGAGUGAGAUCACCGACGACAAGCCCAAAAGAAACCGAUAAGAAAGGGCAGCGAACAAAGAAGCCCACAGAAAGUAAAGCAACGCCAGCUGAGCCGGUAAAGCCACAGGCCCCGAUUCCAGUGGGUAGAAAGAGUGUACCACCCACGCCGAAAGGAACGGAAGAUUGAAGCGGAAAAAUGGCACAAAAAGGUCAAGCCCCUUCUAAACGUUCGGGAAUGGCCGCAGACAUCGAUCAGUUUACGGGCUAUAAUCCAAAGUGUCCGGACUGCCUAAGGAACAACAAAAAGGUUGAUAAGAAAUUCCCUUGCUACACUUGUAUUCACAAGCUGGAAGACCCACAUACCGUCACGCUUGUUGGGAUCAUGGAAGCCAAACGUGGGAACUUGGACGUUUUUCGAAAUCUCAUAAGCGCAAGAAAUUACGGCAGCAUCCCAGUAGAAGAGCGAAUGCUAUUCGAAGAUCGUUAUCGAGAAGCGAUCCGGAACAACGAACCUGGUUGGGAUGACACCUUGGAGCCGUUGAAGUGUCCACAGACAGACGCGUAUCGGAAGAAAUUCGAAGAGGACCAGGAGAAGAUGCGAGUUCAGCAAAUGGAAGACGAACUCCGCGCGAAAAUUAAUGCGGAAAAUAAGAGGGCAAGCGAACAGGCCGCACGGGAAGCAUUGCCCAGUACGUCGGGUUUAGCUGCACCCACGGGCAUGGCCAGCCUUAAUGAAGACGAAAUGCAACUCGUACGACAAUCGCUUAUCAUUCAAAUUGAAACGAUAACGAAAGAUCCAGCUGCUAUGUCAGAUGAGAUAUUCAAAAUGCUGUUGCGGGAGAAGAAACGAUUGCAAGACGGGUUCGCGCCGGCACCAUACAUAAAGAAGGAAAUCGAAAGACGUAUGGAUAAUCUACGUAAAUCUCGCCAAACCGAAAGCGAUGUGCUGCAAGCACUCAGAAGUUUUAAACGAGACGAAGGCUUCAUUCGACCUCGAUCGCCUCCGCAUAGAGAAAGGUCACGCGGACAUUCACGUGAACAUGAACGGAUUUCUGAAAGACGGAGCGAAAGGUCACGUGAACACUCCCGUGAAAGGACACGCGACUACCACAGUGUAAGGUCACGCGAACGCUCUCGCGACCGAGAUUAUCGUGGCGGAAGAGGCUGGGUGCGUCAUGGAAACGAGAUAACCGAGACGAGUAUUCAGCGCAAAAUCGAUACGGCAAAGAUUUUAGCAGCGACAAGAGGACGGGAGGAACAACGGCGUGCGGAGACUUACCGCACAGAGCCUGAAAAGAAAGGUCAUCAGGUGCCGUUGGAAGUUGGAUUCCGUAACCGUAACGUUAGGAUGUCAACACCCGAAAGGUCAUGGGACAAAAGACGCGAACAUACGCGAAAUCGAACGCCAGACCCACAGGAUAGACGAUGGCAGGAAAGAGCCAAGUAUUACGCGGGUUUUGAAUCUGGCGCGAGUAAAAGGUCAUCAAGCGCAGAAAGGGAAGAUUCACCCCCAAAAUACCAAAGGAUGGAAUCAACGGUCCACGUGGUGGAUCCAAUCAUUAGCACUGCACAAGAAGAUGACCCAAUGGAAGGAGCCAGUUCAGUCGCAGAAGUGUCCCAAAAUGUGACCCAUCGACGAAACGUAAUCCUGGACAGCGACCUUCAACCGGCUACACCGGCGAGUAAUGAACCGCCGCAGUUAGAAUCAGGAGAACGAAGCGCACAAGAAAGUCAGCGCGCACCGGAUGAACGUCGUGAAGCCGAUCGACGGACGACUUCUAGGUUCAAUAAUCGACACCCGGACACGAUCGACAUGGUAUACGAUAUGCACGACACCGACGAACAAAAGACGGAAAUUUGCCGAUACAUGGGGAUCGAAGAUGAUUCGGCGGAAGCGAAUAAGAUUCACACGAUCCUAAAUCAGCUUCGCCAGUUUUUACUCGAUUCCGGGUACGCGAGAGAGAUUAAGAGGGGAGUGGAAGAAGGAACUUUCCGUCGGCUAUACAUUCCUCGUGACUCUGCGCGAGAUUGUUAUCUCCCCAUCCGACGAAAUGGAUUACACAGUUUGCUAGAUUUGAGCCUAUUGGACGUGCCAUUGGACACGACUGACCCAGUCGGGAUGACACAAUUUUAUUACACAGACUAUGAUGAACGACAGGAAUAUGUGGCUCAAUUCGUUCUACGACAUGUGAAUCCGGCCUUCAAGUUACUUGCAGCUAGGGCGUCGAUCGGAUUGCAGGUGGAUCCGACAGACCAUGCCGCAAAAAGGAUGGGGUAAAAGGUGUUUGCUGCAAGACUGGCACAUUAUAAGACACAAAACCAAUUGGUGUCUAACACGAUGAAGGACGACAUUCCGCCACUUUUCCGACCUCACGUGGUUAAGUUAGGAGAGCCUAUGGAACAUGUCGGAAUAGCCCACACGGCUCGAAAGGCGUUGAAGAAGUGUAGGACACGAAGGGAAAAGGGAAAUCUUACACAGCGCCAUGCCUCCCAGGUAGAAGAGCGGAUUAAUAAGAUCAAAGAUACUAUGGGAAGCGAUUAUGUUGAACCAGUGGACGGAGUAGACGUCUACGUUAAUGAAUUUCUGGUCAACAAAGGCGACAGACGUCCAGAACGCGCUCCUAACCAAAUAGGACGGCGCGGCUUGCGAAAUCAGCAGCUCCGCGAUAAUCUCGCUGAUGUGCAACGGAGAUUGGCGGAUGACCCUACCAACCGGAGACUCCGGUUGGAGGAAAAUGACGCACGCCAUCGAGUUGAGGCGGUUAAGCGCAGUCGCCAAGGGAAAGGUCGUGGCCAGCGGGAAGUUGACCCGACAAAGGUCAUGGGAGUUGAUUUAACGGGACCAGUCGACCGAACGUCUGACCGUAAUCAACCAGAAAGUUCUAAGAAGCGCCCGCCGAGAGACGGCGAGGAGGACUACUCAAACGAAAUGGAAUAGUGCUGAUCGUUAGGAUCACACUAUUAAAAGGGCGUCUACGGCAUAUGUCGGUACGUCACAAGAACGAAAAAUGGUGUAGUAUAAGGGCGACGUGACAUAUUAACAUUAACUGCAUUUGUGUAUUUGUUGGUUUCAGCGUUUAUAGCCCAGAAUCGCAAAGGAUAAAGAAAUCAUGUGGAGCAGCGAUUGGGGUUGAAAUUGAUUCGGUCUAUAAAGCCGGCCCCAAGGGAGUUGCUACGGCAGUCAGCCGGCUCUCCUUCUUAAGCGAUUCAGUAUUAUAAAUUGGCAAGAGAAACUACGGUAAUUAAGCCGGAUCUCUUGAAGACGAAAGGGGGCCACAAGCGGCGAAAAAGAGAAAGACAGCAGGUGGAAAUAUUAAUGAGGUAAAAACUUGAUGCGGCAGUCAGCCGGCCUCAUUAGAGUUGCUACGGUAAACUAUGCCGGCAAUCUCUCUGAACGACUCAGUGUUAUAAGUUAACGAGAGAAAUAGCGGUAAUCAAGCCGGAUCUCUCGUACCGGAGAUGGGCCACAAGCGGCGAACAAGAGUCAAAGAUUGAAUGUGGAAAAGUCAUGGGGUAAAAUUUAAUGCGGUAGUUAGCCGGCCCCAUCAGAGAUGCUACGGUAAACUUGCCGGCACUCUGGCCGCUCGAGGCAUGUUGAAGUCGGAUGUGCGACGCAAAGGUCAAAUCAAGUCUUUACCAGGGAGGCAAGCGAAGAAGUGCUUGAAAGCCGCAGAAAAUUGGCUAAGUUCCUCCAUGACCUGUGAUGGAAGUUUGAAGAGAAGUCAGAUGACCUUUGGGAUCAUUACCGCCCAAGAGAGUCAUCGUAUCAGAAUUCAAGUCGCAUGACCUUUUUGGGACUAUUAACCCAUAAUGAGUCGCACAUUUCAACGGAUCAUCUCAACAAAGGAUGACCUUUAUUAGGGAGGAAGCGAACUACGCUUGUCUUCACUGACGUCCCUCCAUGACCUUUAUGGAUCUCAUUUUGAAGUCGUACAAUUGAUACGCACCAUAUUCCAAAGAUGAAGCAGUAUUCCUAAGUCGUACUUGAUACGCACCCGAUUCUCAAAGCGGAUUGUGAUGAAAGUCGCAUUACGGAUGCGCGAAGUUGCUCAACGGAGCGGAAUGGGCCAAAGUGCGGAAAACGGUGGACAGGACCUGUGACCUUUACGAGUCAGAAAUGGAGGAUCCUAGUCUACAUUUUGAUUAAUACUUUUGUUGAUCUGUUUAACUGUUGAUCUGUUUUCUGAUAGUAUUUUUAUAAUUGGAUCUCUUUAUUCACAUCGUAUUAAAUGGAAUUGUGCCUUAUGGAAUUGAUGUGAUAUGAUAAAUGGAUUAAGAGAAUUUGAUGUUUUUGAGCGCACACAGACACCGGCGACCGUCGUCUUCUCGUGGAUCCGGGAGUGUGUCCAGCCUCACAGGAGCUCGGCAUCCCCCCAGAGGCAUGUGAGACCGGGAUCACUAGCGUUCACGUCAGUGGCGCUACGCCUGUGGCGCUACGCCUUUGGACUACGUGUCUGUGUUGUGUCUCUUGUGAUUGGCUUGCGUUCUGAUAGUGGGCGCGGCAUAGCACGUGCUGCACAGCGCCGCACGCUGUUGAAUUGGCUCUACGAUUUACGAUCGAGCUGCGCCGAUCACUUGUUGAUUUCUGUUCUCCAGAAUUUCAAUAUUAUUAAAAAGUCAGCGAUUACGGUGCGACGUUUUGUGUUUCCGCAUAGCUCGCGACCCAGAUCGUGUCGCUCACUCCACGGGAUAGAUUCCGUUUCUGUCUCCGUCUGUGGAUCCAUUCUGGAUCUACCAUUAGACCUCCGUCGUUUUGGACCCGCGAAAAUGUAGUAACUGUAACUUCUCUGGGGAUGAAGCAAAACCAGUCUAUCGCCUUAAGUGCCACACAGAUUGGGAGGUGUGUGCACUUUGGCGGCUCAUCCUGCGGGAAUACGGAGCCCAGAAAAGCGUCAUCUUCGAUGUCGGCCAAAUCUACCUACGAGAAAGAUGCGAAUGGGAGACGGCUCUGACCCUCGACGAAUUCAACUAUUCAACGAAUUCAACAUCUCAGUGUCUACAAAUUAGUGUGCACGCUGAAUGCGAAUUUAACGCCAGAGACGCGCUCGGUGGUGCUGGUUGACGCAGAACGGUAUUAUGAUAACCGAAAUGACUUUAUCAGUAAACUGCAGCUGAUCAAAGAAAUUCUGACCACGAAAGGUAUUCGUUUACCGCUGCUCAUUGCCAAAAACGGCUAUGACUGUGUGGACGCCGGCGCUUCGUUUCUCUCUCUGCGCUGGAAUUACGCCAACGGGGAGAGCUACAAAUGCGACACAGUAGUGCAGUUGGUGAGUGCCUGUGAGCAGUUGUGCUGCUUAACUACACGGCAUCCAAUCGAAACGGCAACGACUCCCGCUUGAACCUGUUCUACACGACGGCUGGUGCGCCGUGGCCGGAACAGCAAAUAAGCAUUGCGCGUCGUAAGGGGGACGGUCAGCUAGACGCGGUCAUUCCCACUCUGCGCUUCCGGAGGAUGGAAACGGCCGCCGAACACUGCCGACGCUUUGUUGCCGCCGUCAACGAACAUUGCCCGGCUGUUAGUCAGCGUGCGCUAGAAAAGGUCACAGCGGUACAUACACGCUGGGUGCAGACGCUGGCCUAUCUCGACGAAUGGAGCGACAUUCGCCGAUUUCUUCAGCUGUGUUCAGCGAUCCUGGACAGGCGCAGAAAUGGGAUGGAGUGGAUUUGAGAGAAGUGGACGUUGCUACACUGUCCCUUCCAACCGCUAUUAGAACUUUGCAGGAAGACGCUCCACACCAUACAUUACGCCAACCGUUUUUCGCCUGGCAUGUGCGCGCCAAAAACAAGGGCAGAAAAUCUACAUCCCGCAACAAGUGCGCCUGCUCGAACUGGAUUACGUAUUUUGUGUACGUGAAUCCCUGAGUACCAGUGAAUAGACUGUGGUUCUUCGUCGGCACGGGCAGGCGCUCCGCAAUUCGACAGCAAUGCACGAUGCGGGAAAUAACAAGUGUUUUAAACAGUACCACGCAAAACAUGCCAUGCAUGGUUCCCGUCACAGUUCCCGGUCGGAACACCGUCGGUCCGCCGUUCUUUUCGCGCAGCGCCACUUGAACAGAAAGUUCUUGCAGUGCGAUCGGGUUCCGGCUUUUCAGAAAGCGGUGCGGCCAGAGGUGACGGGCAUGAAUCCACUGGGCGCGGGCUGUACUAGCACCGAAGUCAAUGAAGUACUGAUCGCCUUCAAUGUCCUGCACGUAGCCUAGCCACCAUUGGCCGUAAUAUCGCGCUUUCACCAGUACUGUGUUACCGUAGUUGAUCACGCUGGAACCCGAGCUAUGCUGACGAAGGAAGAGAGAUGUUGCGUUCAUGGUGCCAGCUGCCCAGUCCACGUUACGAUGGAAGUUUGUGGUAGGCACACAAUUCAGAUGACAGGCUGUACUAUUUUGAAUUUAACAACUCCAGUUCUUUCCUGUGUUAAAUAUUAAAACAGCCAAAAUGUGAUAAAUCUGCCGUUUCCGCCUCGACAAGUCCAGUUAUCCGAGUGCAGCUUGCUGGAAUGCUGGAUCCCCUGAGCAUGCGCAUCUGUGCAUGAGCAUGCUCACGGUCCCACGGAAUACAGGUAGUGGGCACGAGAAUAUUUUAUAUAUGGAACGUUUCGUACCAAAGAAAAAAACUGGAACGUUUUUUUCCUUCUUGUGGUCACUGUAGUCAUCUGUAGACAACCUGUAGACACCCUGUAGACAACCUGUACUUCUAUACAUCCUAAGAAAACCUAAGAACCAGGUGACUACAGUAUGUCUACAGUGGUGUCUACGGGCUGUCUACAGGUGACUACCGGUGUAUACAGGCAGAGUAUCGAGCUGAACUUAAGGUCUACCUGUAUACAGCGGUAGACAUCCGUAGACAACCUGUAGACACCCUGUAGACAACCUGUAUACAUCCUAAGAAAACCUAAGAAACCUAAGAAACCAGGUGACUACAGUAUGUCUACACGAGUGUUUACGGGCUGUCUACAGUACGUCUACAGAUGUAUACAGACGAACAUCCAGCUGAACCUAAGAAGGCCUGCCUGUAUACACCGGUAGACAUCUGUAGAUCUAGACAACCGGUAGACACCCUGUAGACAACCUGUAGACACCCUGUAAACACGCAAUAAAGCCUAAGAAACCAGAUGACUACAGUGUGCCAACGGUGAUGUCUACGGGCUGUCUACGGAUGACUACCGGUGUAUACAGGCAGAGUAUCGAGCUGAACCUAAGAAGGGCUGCCUGUGUACAGCGGUAGACAUCCGUAGACAACCUGUAGACACCGAUGUACAAUAGACACGCUGUAUACAUCCUAAGAAACCAGGUGACUACCGAUAGGUCUACAGGGUGUCUACAGCAUGUAUACAGAUGUCUACUGUGACUACAUGGAGCGAAAAAACGAUUCACUUUUUUUCUUUGGUACGAACCGUGCCACAGGUGACGUGUAGCAUGCGCUACGCAGUACGUAUGUAAACAUCGGAUUAAAUAAUCAACAACAACAGCGUCGAUAAACUAAGAAGGCAACAUUAUGCAUUAAUGUGUGUCGAACAGCAACGUAGAUUAAGUGAUGUAGAGUAAUUUCAUAAACAUAUCACAGACCAUUUUUUUGACACGCUGACGCACUCGGUGGUAUAACUUGAAUCAGUCGCUAUGACACUGUAUCAUCUCUAUGCAGCAUGAUACAUAGUUUUUGUUCCGCAUUUUCCGCUGCACUUUCGGUCUUAUAAUCCGAAUAAUAAUAAAAUAACUGCCGGAUAAUCGAUUUAUUUUUUCCCUCUGGAUGCCACGACAAAACAAAAGUUACCGUACAAUUUUGUUGUGUUCUGUGCCAUGUUACACUUGAUCCUUAAUUUGUCAAAGCUACUCGUACAAACGCUAAAUGUCAGCGUUUGUUGUGUGUCGGUUAAACUCGGUUUUGUGUAGCAAAAGUGCGAUUUCCAGAUCAUUGUCUAUUUCCGUUUCAUACUUUUAUUGAUGCACCCGUAUUAGAAAUAUAUUUUUCUGGCAACCAUGCGUCAAGAUGAGUCAUUUUUUACAGAUAAUAAUAGUUCAUUGAUCACAGAGCAUUAGCAGCCAGAACUCACGGCCAUGUUACACGUUGGACAUGGUGUUUUGCUUUGCGGCAUGAUCAUCUCCGCAAUAUAGUAUACCUAAAUUUCAAUUUAUUAUAUAUUAAUUACUUUUCACAGAUAUUUGUGCUAAUUAGAUCUGUCAGUCAGUUUCCAAAGAGACCGUAAAAAUAUACGAAAAUGCACGCACUUGCAUAUCCCAAAAGCGUUUUGGCUACGUUUACCGUCAGUUUUAUUAUACAUUAAAUGGAGCUUGCUUGCAACGACAUACAUACUCGUACAUGAUUUAAUUUAAACGUCGACAGUUUAAAAUAAAUGCGGAAACAAAAUUAAUGGAGAAAUGUUCAGGCUAAACUUAAUUAUUAACAGCUCGCAAGAACAUGCAACGGUUAGUCAGUACAGUAUUAUCAAGCAGUCUUAGCACAAUACUCUAAGCACGAUAGAUUUUAUGCAGACAAUUCAGGCGUAUAAAUUGUGUCAAGUUCAAGCAUAACUAUACGUAGUAUUCCACUUUAAUAUCGCCCUGCUCCGAAUUCGGCAGAUAGCCAAUCCAGUGAAUAUCCAUACCCGGGAUCCUCUUGCCGCCCCCGGCCUCCACCGCCUGCUGCGAGGCCAGAUUGAACUUCAUCACAUCGCCCCACAGCCAGUCUUCGCCCAUAUCCCGCAGCUUCUGCAUCACUGCAUGGCCCACUGCCCGCACUAUACCGGCAUUGCGCAGUUGCGGCUUGACGAAGGCCGCGCCGAUGACCCCUUCCCCUUUGUACAGCACAUACGCCACCGGGUUAUCGGGCUCAUCGUCCGGGAAGAGGGCGGCCGUGGGGAAGCCGUUCUCGAUUAAAUAGCGGAAGUAGAUGGUGUUGUUGGCUUCGUGCCCGUACUUCCGGUCGCGGCUGAUGAUGGCCGCGUGAUGCGGCUGUAGUGUGCCCAUCCGGUAACCUUUGGGAACUUCGUACCUGUCGUCACAGAUAAAUCGGUGAAGCCAGACGAUAACCCUGCAUCUGGAGUUUUACCUUAUAUUAUAUAGCAGUUUUUGGCUAAGUUUAUAGUUUUAUCUUGGUUACUUUUUAUUACACACAUAUACGAGUACAAUAUGUCUAGAGUAGUAUUUUUUACUUUGUGUUUGGUUAUUAUUACUGAUAUGCUAAUUAAUUUUUAUGACAUUGUAGCGUUAGUGACAAUACAUGAUUAGGUAAACUGCAUGCGCAUACACCAUGCCGCAAACACACAGGAUUAAAUGUUACUACGUAGUAUAGGCGGCUUUUUAUUGGCCGCGGAGUGUAUAACGUAUUCUGGAAAAGUGAAAUGUGUUGAACAACUUUAUUCGUGAUUUUCCGUAAUUUUAUUGCACACUAUAUCUAUAGAUUUUGUAUUUCGUAAUUCUUAAUUUGAAUUCGCAAUACAUGCAGUAAUAAUGUCUAAUACUACCAGAUCACGAAAACACCAUCGUGUUUCUGUUAUACUUUUAUGGGUGGUUUGAACUUGAUUUAGCAUCUUUUUGUAAACAUAUUACAUUAUUCUCGAUGAGUUAGCCGAAAAGCCGAAAAUUACUAGGGUUGUUUUACAGGAUUAAAUAUUCGUUAAUAUUCGCUAAUGGUUGCUGCCUAGAACUUCUGCACUAUUUGUAUUGUUCUUCGUACCUCGUAUUUAUGUCGAAAUGUAGAAAGUAUUUUAAAAUGAGAAUAAAGUAAACUUAUGUAAAAAAGCAUUCUUAAGUGGUGGCAUAUAUUCUGUCUCUUACCUUAUGUGAAAAAAAUUAUUACUAGUAUUGCCAUACUUUACCGGCAUUAUAGUAAAUUCUAGAUUCUUGAUUCUUAAUUUCAAAAUGUACGGGAAAUCUUACGAUAGAUCCAGAUUUGGCAGAUCAAAAUGGUAUGCGAUUGCUCCUUCCGGUUGACCUUUCCGAUAAACCAGCUGAUCAAAACGCCCAUCCGGAAGAUGCUUCCCAUCUUCCAAUAAGACUAAAUGCUCCGGCUCCGUAAUGUCUGCACAAAUAAUUUUAACUGGGUGAAAGUUUUUCCCUAAUACAAUGUGCAGAGACAUAGAUUUUGCUUAUAAAAAAUUUCGACGCACCGGCAAACAUGAUCGGCUUCGUCCAAUCAACAACUCGCUGC